GGCAUAUACUAUGCAUUAUCUGGUUGAUGAUGGUGCACGUGUGUAUGCAUUAAUCAAAAACUAAUCACAAAUGGCGUCCGACGACUCUUCUCCGCCAGACGCCAAGAGGCUACGCCGCUCGCCGCCGACCUCCACCUCUCCCGACCACCUCCUCGUCGACGAGAUCCUCACGCGCCUCCCCAUCGCCGCCGCCGUCCGCCUCCGCGCCGUCUCCCGCGACUGGAACGCCGCCCUCACCACCGACCACUUCAUCCUCGCCCACCGCGCCAGGGCCGCCGCCGCGCGCCACCCGGAGCUGCUCUUCUUCGCGCCGCCGGACCACCGCAACACCACCACCUUCUACGCCUGCUCGCUCCGCGGCUGCGAGCCGCCGGCCGCCGCACGCGAGCUCCUAACCAUCGACUACUUCAGCGCCAAGCACGCCGUCAUGUCGCCCACGCCGUGCAGGGGCCUCACCCUCGUCUCCGACGGCCGCGCGCCGCGGUAUUACCUCCUCAACCUCUCCACCGGCGAUCACGUCGCGCUGCCGCCGUGCCAGCCGGCCGCGAAGGCGCACCCUGAUCCGCUAGCAUGGUUACCCCGUGGCACCACGAGUUAUCUCCCGUCGAUGACGCCAUGGCGCCCCUUCGAGCUCUCGACCACCGGGCUCGGCUUCGACACGGCGACCGACGAGCACAAGGUGGUCAGGCUCUUCAAGAGACGCAACGGGGAGCACGCCUGCGAGGUGUACACCCUGGGAAAGCCCGGCGGGUGGCGCCCCUGCGCCGGGAGAGUGCCGGCGUCCGCGGCCAGCAUCCUCCCAGCCAUGCCGCCGGUGUUCGUCAACGGCUACCUCUACUGGCUGCUCCAGCCAGCCGCCCCCGGCGACGAGCAGAUCCGGCGAAUCCUAUCGUUCUCCAUCGGCGCCGAGCAGUUCGGGUCGGUGUACGUGCCGCCGCGGCUGUCCUCCCGAAUGUGCCACCUCGCCAACCUCGACGGCUCGCUGUGCGCCGUCUUCGACUACCGCGGCGCCGGCGGCGUCUACGGGCUGUUCACGUGCAGCGAGCCCUCGGCGUCGCCGUCGCCGUCGUGGUCGGUGCGUUGCUCCAUCUACCUGAAUAGGCUGCCGCGAGAGGUGAGCGACGAGCUGAUGGAGGAGCGCGUGAUCGUGCCGCUCUGCACCGCCGGAGGCAGGAUCCUGCUCGCCACGGGGCGCCACGAGGUGUUCGCCUACGACGCCGGCCGGAACGCCGUCGAGCGCGUGUUCCGCAUGCAGGAGUUCGUCGAUGUGCCGAAUGACUGCCGCGAGGCUCGCCUGCUGCUCAGCGUUGGCCUCCACGACGAAUGCAUCGCCGACCUUCACCCGGGCGCCGGCGGCGAGAGGAUGCUUUUUGUGAACACGGGACGCCGCGGCAACACGGUGGUCAAGCGAGAGGUGCCCGUCGAGUACCACGACGACAGCGAUCGUCGUUUCAAUGUAUUUUUCAAGGAUUUGGCCACGAUGGCUGCCCAAAUUUAGUUGAUACUAUUUGCAUAUUUAUAUUAGAUUUAGUUUUGUUUAUAAAUACGGGAUUGCUAAAUCAUUUUUGAUAUGUAAAAGUUGUAUGAUGUGGCUUUAUGAGAGAAGAAAAGGAGGACGAUAAUUCCAACUAUAGAUUAAUCAUUUGAGGGAUACAAAUAAUUGAGAUAA